AUGAAGUACGGAGAGACGCUGCGACAGCGGUCCAUACCGGCCUGGAGUCACCACAACAUUGACUACGACGACAUCAAAUACUUUAUCAAAGAGCACACCACCCCCGGCCAAGGCAAAUCCGUAUCAGUCCCCGGUCGUGGUGAUGACAAGCUUAUCGAGUUUGAGAAUGCCCUCUUCCACAUCCUCGCCGAUCAGCAUCAACGCAUUGAUUUGUUUGUGAAGAGCAAGUCCGGAGAGAUUCAGCGCCGACUUGAACACGCCAAGAAACAGCUCCGUUCGCUUUCAUCUCGAAACACGACCACCGCCGACCAACGCAUCCCGGUCGGCCGGCUGGAGAGGUACGGGAAGCUGGAAAACGAUGUGAUCAAGGCGAGUGAUGAGAUCAGGUCUCUCGCAAGGUUCACCGCAACACAGCGGACAGCUUUCAGAAAGCUGCUGAAGAAGUAUAAGAAAUGGACGGGGUCGUCGGAGCUGGAGGAAAGGGUUAGAGAUGUGGUGCUCGACAAUCCCAAGAGCUUCACCAGGCUCGAUCUCGGACCACUGCUCGAUGAAUACUCAGCUACACGACAGAGAAUAAGAGCUCUGUACGAGGCGCAAGUGCAGCAGCCAGCCGGUGGCAAAAAGGUGGAAUCGCGUGCAACGAAUGCGAGCUCGUCGGCCAUUCAGCAGCUGGGGGAGGUCGUGGAAAGCGGAUCCAGGGUUUAUUUCGACACCAGCAUUGCCACAGUGCCGCUCGGCGAGUCUGGCACGAUUGCCAGCUACUUUGUCCACCCGGAGAACAUUGUGGAGCUACAGGUGCUUCUCCUGCAGUACUCUCGAUUCUAUUUCGCCCGAAGCAGAUCCAACUCGAUCGCAUCUCCCAUAACCACCGAGGCGAGGAACGAAAUGUUCCCCAUCAGUCGACCAGAGUGUACCGACUUUCACAUGUUGGUGGCCGACAACAUCGAUCGGUUCGUCAACGAACAAAGCGGUCUGACAGUGGAUGAUCGAGAGCACAAGCCAGGCAUGUUCCCGCAGCGGGCAAAGGGAACUGUGCGAUGGAACGAUGAAGAGGACGCACUCGCUUGCCUGUUGUCAAAGUCGGGCAAGACGAAGAGCGCAUUCUUGCGUAGAAAGCACAUCCACGACUUCUUUGACGGAUCCGCAGAUUUCAUGGCAAAGCAGGAUGUCGCACUUGUAGACUCUGCCGACAGCAUUGAAGAAGUUCGAAGGGAGUUGCUCAAGGACGACACGCGCCCACUCUUUCGCUUCUCCAGCGGCCGUACACGGUUCGUUGGCGACAAUGUCAAUGCCGAUGGACUGGUGAUGGCCACUCUUGACACGGACAUUACCAUUACGAAGGCGGGCGUGGAAGGCUCAAAUGGGCCGGCGUCGGAGUUUCCGCUCUCGUUGUUGAUGGUUCGACAGGAAGGUGAACCGAAGUCCGACCUUCUUGCUGCGCUUGACAAAAGCCAUUUGGUCGAACGUGUGCGUGGCUUUUCAUUGGAGUACCACUCAAUCUGGCAGACCCAUCAUCCGGAGAACAUUCCUGCUCCAUUCUGGGAGCCGCUUCUAUCCCGCGACAUUCGCAAGUUACCGCCACCAGCAAUGAAGCGUUCCAACACCAACACCAGGAAUCCGUCUGGAACACAAUCAGGUGACUCGAGUAGCUCUCUGAUUGGUACAACCGACAGCGGUACCGCAGUGGAAUCGCCUCAGCUGGAUAGUCCACCGCUCAAGUCGUUCCGCAAGAAGAAGCGACGAGCUUAUCCACAGGCCGAUGCCAUUCAGCCGGUGCAGCAACGGUACUGGAAUGAAUACGACCACCCCGAAGACGACGAUGCCCCCGACCCCGACGCUUUCGUCCUUUUCGUCGACCCACACUAUCGAAGUGGUUUCGACCGCUUCUUCGACAACAUCGCCAAGCUUUUCGGCCAGCAGCAAUACACGGAUGAAGAACAACAGGGACUUCUUGCCAACCAGAACACACCCGACGAUGAAGAGUCGUCUGAUGAUGAGGCUGGUAGCAGCACCGCGGUAUCGAAGAAGUCGGCCCCGAGACCUGCGACCCACUUUGGCACAUUCACCCGUCAAGAGCCUUCUACAGCCGACGUGACAAGGCAGCAAGACACCAGCUUCCCAUAUCUUGGGCACUUUGCAUCGGUCUGCUACGCGGCAUCCCUCGUCCUGCUCCUGGUGGCGUACAUUUUCCACACCACGGCACGACACCGAUAUCUCCAAAAGGUGCAUUUUGGCGUGCUUUUCUGUAUGAUUUUUAGUUUGAUUUUUGUGGCAUUGGGCUUUUUGGCGGUGGCGCGCAGCGGGAACAAAUCGAGACCCGUGCGACCCGCGGUGUGGAUCGUCAGCAUUGUAGUGCUGGUGAUUGAUGCGGUGGGGAGUGGAGGGCUGUUGGCAUGGAUACUGGGCUAG